AGUGAAUUCCGGAAUCCCCAAGCCAAGUCCACACAAAAGCACAAGAGAGCGCGGCCCCCCAGUUCCCAAUUCCUCUCUUUGCCGGCCCGGCCGCGGGCGAUCCCGAUUCGAUUCCCCACCGGAUUCGUCCCCUCCUCCUCCUCCAGGGAACCUCGCUCGAUUCGAGCCGCGGGAGCGCCGAUCGGUCGGUGGGCGAGGAGGAUGAGCUUCCAGGACCUGGAGGCCGGCCACGCCCGGGGGGCGCCGCUGGGCGGCGGGCGGAGGAACGGCCGGGCCGCGGCCUCCGGGGGCGCCGGCGCGGCCGCCUCGCAGGCCGUGGCGUCGGGCGUGUUCCAGAUCAACACGGCGGUCGCGACCUUCCAGCGCCUCGUCAACACGCUCGGCACGCCGAAGGACACGCCCGACCUCCGCGACAGGAUACAUAAGACACGGCAACACAUAACACAACUAGUCAAGGAUACAUCAGACAAGCUUAAACAAGCUAGUGAGGCGGAUCAUCGUGUCGAAGUCAGUGCUACCAAGAAGAUUGCUGACGCAAAGCUAGCUAAGGAUUUCCAAGCAGUACUAAAAGAGUUCCAGAAAGCUCAACGGUUAGCAGUAGAGAGAGAAGCUGCAUAUGCACCUUUUGUUUCACAAGCGGGUCUGCCACAGAACUAUAACUCAAGUGAGGUGAAUAAUGGUGCUGAUAAAUUGACUGAGCAGCGCACACAGCUUCUAGAAUCUAGAAGGCAAGAGUUGGUCUUCUUGGAUAAUGAGAUCGUGUUCAAUGAGGCCAUCAUUGAGGAGAGGGAUCAGGGAAUACAAGAGAUUCAGCAUCAGAUUACCGAAGUAAACGAAAUCUUCAAAGAUCUUGCUGUGCUAGUCCACGAUCAAGGAGCAAUAAUUGAUGAUAUUGACUCUCAUAUAGAGAAUUCUGUUUCAGCGACCACACAAGCAAAAGGGCAGCUUUCAAAAGCUGCUAAAACUCAAAAGUCGAACUCUUCGCUGAUAUGCUUGUUGAUGGUUAUUUUUGGGGUCGUCCUGCUCAUAGUGAUUAUAGUGCUUGCAGCCUAAAAGCUUGGGAGGCACCUGAUGCUCCAAAUCCGAUCGAGCUUGGCGCGAAGAAUUCCUUGAUCAGUUAUUUUUGCUGCGCAGUCAGGAAUAUAUCCUGGUUUCCGCCUGGAGGGGCUGGCGUUCUGGUUGUCGUAUGGUUGGUGUAUGUGGUGAUGAUGUGUCUGGAAUGUGGUUUAUAUAAGUAUGCUCGUUCCUUGUCACUGUAGUGCCUCUUGCCACGCAUAUCCGCUUUGUUUAUAUCUGUAAUGUAUCAACCCAGCGCGUGCUGUAGAACAAGGAGGUAUGGAAUCCUUCCUCAAUUCCGUGAGAAACGAUUGCAAUAUAUCAACUUGGUUUUCUUU